UACACCAAACUUUAUAGAAGUCGAGUUGCCAAGUAGAAAAGAUGAUGGCGAAAGUUUACUCAUUCCAACCGUGAAGCAGGAGAAUGAUAGCGACUUCGAUGACCAAACUGAAGCUGGUCAAGCCUUCACACCAAACUUUAUAGAAGUCGAGUUGCCGAUUGGAAAUAAAGAUGGCGAAGGUUUACUCGUUCCAAUCGUGAAGCAGGAAAUUGAUACCGACUUCAAUGACCACACUGGUGAUGGUUUAUUCAUUCCAAUGGUGAAGCUGGAGUAUGGUAGCGACGCCGACGACAACACCGGAAACGACACAGACUCAGUAUAUGAAAGCGGUGCUCCAGGACCGUCAACUGAGAAGGAAUUACGUACGGGAACUGCAGACAGUAACUGUGUGACAACAUAUUCAAGGCAAGAUUUCAAACCUAGUGAGACGCAAUCAACUGAUAACGAGUCACGAAGGUUGAACAGAGCAAAAACUGCUGCAGAACGUGGUCGAGAAUUCAGAGCACGUAAAGCACUGCUUAGACAACAACGUAAGCAACAAGAGGAACGAGAUGCUAAAAAUCAAGUCCCUAUACCCCCUGAAAUAAAAAAAUUGGAGAAAAAAAAGAGAUCUGCAGAGGCGACACGGCGAUGGAGGGAGAAAAAACGAGCCAUGAGUGGGUUAACAAAAAAACAGGCGAAAACUGCAGCCGAACGCAUGAGAGAAUACCGGCAGAGAAAAAAAAGAGAAAGGAAAAAUGGUCAAGCUUUAGAUGCAAGAGUCAGCACAUCAUCACAAGUGAAUCAAGUGGCCGGUCCAUCAACAAUAAACAGCAUAUCCGCAGAGCUACAGCAGCAAACCAGCUAUUUGUGUACAGUCUGCAAUAGGUUGUACUUUAAAGAUGAUCUGUCGAAGGGAGUCACGAACAUCAACAACAUCAACGAUGCAAUGAUUUGUUCGACUUGUAAAGUUGCUCUUGACAAACGACAGCAUGCGGAUGGGCAAUUCGGUGUAUACGGUGAUAAGGGUACACUCUUUCCGCGCGUGAAGCAAGACAAUGAUAGCUACCAUGAUGCUAAUGAUGAUGAUGAAGCUGUACUCAUUCCAAUCGUGAAGCUGGAGUAUGAAAGCGAAGUUGACGAAAACACUGGAAACGACACAGACUCAGUAUAUGGAAGCAGUGCUCCAGGACCAUCAACUGAGAAGCAAUUACGUGCGGGAACUGCGGACAGUAACUGUGCGACAACAUAUCCAAGGGAAGAUUUCAAACCUAGUGAGACGCAAUCAACUGAUAGUGAGUCAAGAAGGUUGAAUAGAGCGCCAAAAACUGCUGCAGAACGUGCCCGAGAUUACAGAGCACGAAAAGCACUGCUCAAACAACAACGUAAGCAACAAGAGGAACGAGAUGCAAAAGAUAUUCAAUCAGAAGACAAUCAAGUCCCUAAACCCCCUGAAAUAAGGAUAAUAGAAAUGGGAGCCAUCAGUGACUCGUCAGAAAAACAGGUGAAAACUCCAGCUGAACGCAUGCGACAAUACCGGCAGAGAAAAAAAAGAGGAAGCAAAAGUGAUCAAGAUUUAGAUGCAACAGUCAGCACAUCAUCACGAGUGAAUCAAGUGGCCGGUCCAUCAACAAUAAACAGCAUAUCCGCAGAGCUUCAACACCAGAACAGCUAUUUAUGUACAGUCUGCAAUAGAUUGUACUUUAAAGAUGAUCUGUCGAAGGGAGUCACGAACAUCAACAACAUCAACGAUGCAAUGAUUUGUUCGACUUGUAAAGUUGCUCUUGACAAACGACAGCAUGCGGGUGGGCAAUUUGGUGUAUACGAAGCGGGUCAAGCCUUUACACCAAACUUUAUAGAAGUCGAGUUGCCAAGUAGAAACGAUGAUGACGAAGCUUUGCUAGUUCCAGUCGUAAAGCUGGAGUAUGGUAGCGACGGUGACGAAAACAAUGAGAGUCACAUCGAAGUGGUGAUUGAAAGAGAACCAGACGACCACGAACCAAGGACGAUAGAACAAUACAAUACAGCAUACUCUAUCGAAAUGCAAGCCAACCUACAAGAAACGGAGACAUUGUCCGAUCUACCCUUUCAAUUGGAAGAAGAUCAGUUGGACUGCCCAGUUUGCAAUGAGACUUUCCCGAACAUUGUCAGUUUGAACACGCAUGUGAAUGUUCACUAUCCGAACCAUAUUUGCGAUAGUUGUGGCAAAGGUUUCGCUUCGAAGGCUCGAUUAAAAGGUCAUUUGAAGACACACCAGGCCGGAGUUUUCCCUUGCAGAUACUGCGAUGCGGUAUUUGAUAAUAUGAAUAAAAAACAGAUUCACACAUCCAAGGAACAUAAGUCUGGUGAUGUUAAGUGCCAUAAAUGCAAUAUGUCUUUACCUUCUUUCUACGCGAGACAAAAACAUUUGGCAGAAGUUCACAACGAGAUGUUGAAGAGGUACAAGUGUAAAGCCUGUACAAAGAGCUAUAUAACACCAGGCCACUUGUCCAGCCACGUCAGAAGGGAUCACUUGAAUGAGAGGAACCACAAGUGCAUUAAAUGCGACCUAGCCUUCUUUAGCAGAAAUUGCUUGAAGAUGCACAUGAUAACCCACGAUGGGGGAAAAAUCCACGCUUGCAACGUUUGCCAGAAAACUGUAAAGGAACAAAUGCGGAUCAAUAAUGACGAUAUAUUUGAGUGUUCCGUUUGUGAAAGGGCGUUCACUCAGAAAAGUAAAUUAAAGGGACAUUUAGAGGUCCAUAAAAGGAAAAUGGAGUUAGACUACUGA